AUGGAAAACAUCAUUGCUCGUGAGAUUGUUCUGUCAGCGUUGCCAGACCAUGACUCGUGUAUUGCUUUGGCGAUUGAGCAUGUUGCCACAUCAGGUAAUAUACUCUGCAGGAUGAUUGGAGCCACACUUGAUGGCAGCCUAUGUCCGAUGAUUGCAAAUUGCCAUGACAAGCUGAAGUACUUGGAGACCACUUUGGCGUUGGAGAUUGCUGUGCUACAUUUUCUUCACGGACAUCACUGGCAGGCCUUGUGCACAUUGAAGAGACUCUGGAGAAAGCGCUGCCCUCUGCACUUACUGUGA